AUGUCUACAAUACUCGAGAUGCUAAGGACCCUUGAGCCAGAGAGCUUGGACGAUAUGAUCGACCUUACGGCCAAAGUUAUAAACUCACUUGUUAGGAAAGGUGACCAGAACAAAUCAAUUCAUACUCAGUUCUAUCCACCAAACAACAAAUUACCAUUGAUAUCAAUUAGAGAUUAUAUUCAUCGUUUGUUUAAAUAUUCACCAUGUUCAAGAGAAUGUUUCAUAAUGUCACUUAUAUACAUUGAUAGGCUUAUGCUAGAAUGUGGACUAUCACUCAAUUCAUACAACAUUCAUCGUAUCCUAAUAACAACAUUAGUAAUAUCAACAAAGUAUCAAGAUGAUAUAUUCUACAACAAUGAGUUCUAUUCUCAAGUUGGUGGAAUUAAUGUCCAAGAAAUGAAUCAACUUGAAUUGGAAUUACUUAGAUUGUUGAACUUCUCGGCCAAUUGUUCAAAUGAUCUAUUCAUUCAGUAUAGUAGAGAGAUAGAUAAUCUAUUCGAGAGGAAUGAGUAUAUGAGUUGUACA